CUCUCGCUGUUACCGGAACCGUUUCUACGUCUCAUGACAAUCUUCUCAGCAUGGCGGGAGCCACAUUCCAGCACCAGCUCUCUCCUACGCAGCAGAUCUCAACAUCGGCUCUGCUCGGUUCGCGACCGCUUCUAGGCGUCGAAUAUUUGCAAAUGUUCUCUCCGGCGAGCCAGGGAACCGCGUCGUUCACCUUCCAACGGGAGGGUGCCCGAUGCGGUCUCCAGCUGUUCUACCAGUGCUCUCCGUCGCUUUUAGGCCGCAUCAAAGUCGAUAUAGGUAACAGAGCCGAGCUCUCCACAACAUCCUUCGGCAUCAUCUAUGCGCGCGACAACCAUCGAAUUGAGACCGAAUUCAUGGCGGGCGCCAAUUUCGGCGUUUCCUCCAGCCUUCUGACCACUCUCAGCGACCCUUCCUCGAUGCAGUUGAAAAUCAAGGGCAUCCUGACCACUGUACGCGCAGAGCUCGAAGCGGGAGUUUCGAAAGCCCUCACGCCGUUCAGUCGACUCGGUUUUUCCGCGGGAAUCGGCCUCGCCGGCGUGGAACUCAAAUGGAAAUACCAGCGCGGCAGCGUGGCGUUUGCGAUCCCCGUGGUUCUCAGCCGGUCCUGGCGGCCGCUCGCCGUCGCGCUGGCUUCCGCGGUUACCGCCUUCACCGCGGGAAUCCUGUGGAUCGCGGAGAAAUCGCCGCUGGGCGCGCAGUCGGAAGCGUAG